UCCCGCUCGCCGCGCUGCCGGCCCCGGCAGGAGACUACAAGUCCCGUGAGCCUCCGCGGCGUCACUUCCUCCCCACUCACUGUCCGGCCCGCUCCCUUUCCCCCUCCCCUAGGGGCCGAGGGCUCCGGCUGCUGCCCGGCGGCCAGCGGGACAGGUAGGAUUUCCGGGGGAAACUGCCGUGGAAUCGGAGGCGGCGGUGGCGACCUGGAAACUAUAUCGCACCUCCCUAAACUGGUUAAAAGUGGCAUGGAAGACCCAUUUGACUUCUCCAGAGAACCCUGGGACAAAGAAGCAGGCCAGCCCACUGCAGACCCAGGCAUGGUCAUGGACAGUGUGGAAGCAGGAGACACAACACCUCCCACCAAAAGGAAGAGCAAGUUUUCAGGCUUUGGCAAGAUCUUCAAACCCUGGAAAUGGAGGAAAAAAAAAAGUAGUGAUAAAUUCAAAGAGACUUCAGAAGUUUUAGAGCGAAAAAUAUCUAUGAGAAAACCAAGAGAAGAGUUGGUUAAGAAAGGGGUUCUAUUGGAAGACUCUGAGCAGGGUGGUGAGGAUCCAGGAAAGUCAAGCCAUGUCAUGUUAAAGAAUGGCCAUACCACCCCUAUAGGGAGUACCAGAUCUUCUAGUCCAGUCCAAGUAGAGGAAGAGCCUGUAAGAAUAGCAAGUCUUUGGAAACCCAUUCCAGAAGAGGAACCAAAGAAGCGCCUUGGCUCAACCGGAAGUCAGCCUAAUUCUGAAGCUGAGUCUGUUCCUGAGAAUGUACCCAAACAGCCUUUAUUUCCUCCCAAAAGACCCUUGUCCUCUUGUCACGAAGCAAGUGAUGGGCAAGCAAAGGAUGCCACUUCCCCUAGCAGCACAGCAAGGCCCAUCUUCUCCACCUCCAGCACUGCAGUACCUGCUGCCACAAACUUAGCAAAGACUGUUAAUUCCUCUGUGACUCCUUUCCCAGCACCCAGGACUCUGCCUGCUGCUCCUGCCAGCACUAACACUACUGCUACCCCUAGCCUCCCUUAUACAGUCCCUGCCAAGCAGCCCCCUGUCCCUCCCCCUAAACCAGCUCACAGAAAUAGCAAUCCUGUCAUUGCUGAACUGUCUCAAGCAAUAAACAGUGGUACAUUGUUAUCAAAACCAUCCCCACCCUUACCACCUAAGAGAGGCAUUCCAUCAACGUUGGUACCCACCCCAGAGUCUGCUGCUGCUCUCACCACAAAAACAUCAGGUGACCAAAGAGAGAAGAACAUGUGCUCUGUGUGCUCUGAACCACCACCGAUGAUCCCACCUCCCUCUCCAUCCCCUCCACUGCCUACUCAUAUACCUCCAGACCCUCCCCGUUCCCCUCAAUUCCCUGCUAAGACUUUUCAAGUUGUUCCAGAAGUUGAAUUCCCACCAUCCUUAGAUCUACCCCAAGAGGUUCCCCAUCAGGAAGAUCAGAAAAAGGAAGCCCCCAAGAGGAUAUUGGACCAGAGUUUUGGGGAGCCCCAUGUACCCUCUAGGCUACCUCCACUCCCAUUGCAUAUUCGAAUCCAGCAGGCCCUGACCAGCCCACUUCCCAUGACUCCUCCCUUGGAGGGCUCUCACAGAGCUCAUUCAUUGCUCUUCGAGAACAGUGACAACUUUUCUGAGGAUAUCAGUACCCUGGGUCGGACCAGGUCACUUCCUGUCACUAUUGAAAUGCUGAAAGUUCCAGACGAUGAAGAAGAGGAGCAAACCUGUCCAUCUACAUUCAGUGAAGAUGUGAUAUCUACCUCAGUCAUUCCUAAACUACCACAGUGUCUGCAGGAGGAAGAAGAAGAGAAGGAAAGCGAUUCUGAUUCAGAGGGUCCCAUCCAGUACCGAGAUGAAGAAGAUGAAGAUGAAAGCCAUCACAGUGCUCUGGCCAACAAAGUGAAGAGGAAAGACACACUGGCAAUGAAGUUGAACCACAGACCCAGUGAACCAGAAUUGAACCUGAAUUCUUGGCCUCGUAAAAGCAAGGAAGAGUGGAAUGAAAUACGGCACCAGAUUGGGAACACACUGAUCCGGCGACUGAGCCAAAGACCAACACCAGAAGAACUAGAACAACGAAAUAUAUUACAGCCUAAAAAUGAGGCUGAUCGUCAGGCAGAAAAACGAGAGAUUAAACGUCGGCUCACUAGAAAGCUCAGCCAAAGACCAACUGUGGCUGAACUACUUGCCAGGAAGAUUCUGAGAUUUAAUGAAUAUGUGGAAGUAACUGAUGCUCAAGAUUAUGACCGGCGAGCUGACAAACCUUGGACCAAACUGACCCCUGCUGACAAGGCUGCCAUAAGAAAAGAACUAAAUGAAUUUAAAAGCUCAGAAAUGGAGGUUCAUGAAGAGAGCAAACAUUUUACACGCUACCAUCGUCCAUGAUGCUGAAGUUUGAGAAGAACUAAGCAACUCCCCAAACACAGCUGCUUUGCCACUUCCAUCUCCAGAGUGUGGAGGGAACUUUAGCACUUCCCAGCACAGCCAGAAUGGCUUCCUUUGGGACCUAGUUCUGGGGUAAACAGCACUUCUAUGAAUGUAGCAUUUCACUGGAAUGGAUUCUCAUGUGCUACCCCUGGGCCCUUACCCCAAGAUGACUGCCUGUACUGAGGCACAGUUUGCACCAUUAGCCUUACCUAUCCUGGUUGUGAGACCCACUUGUGUAGGCACUAAAUUCCAGCCAUCAAAUCCAAUUUGUGGUGGGGACAACCUUCUGGAGGUCUCCAGCCUUCUGGUAAAGGGGUCUCCAACUCCAGGGGCAUCCUUCAUACCAUAUUGGCAUGUCAGAUGAUAGCAUUGCACUAUACCUCUUGUAACACAGCAAUACAGUCCUCUUCAGGUACCCAAGCCUGAGACAAACGUCAGGAUCUGACAUGUUCCUCCUUUUCUUCACAAGUCAUUCUUAUUUUUACUUAAAAUAAUGAUCCUGAAGUAAUGGGAAUUUUUUUCUCCUGUUAAACAAUCUUAGCUGCAACUAGAAUGCAAGUUACUUAAAUGAAAAAGCAUGUAUAUUUUCUAUAUACAAAAACAAGAAAAGCCUUAACAUUAAUGCCAACGUGGCAUAAAACUAACUUGUGGCUUAAAUUUUAUAGGCUGUUGUACUUUUAGUGUUCCAAAUGAUAUUCUAAAUCACUUUGACCAAUAGGUAUAUUCUCCUCCAUAAAGCAGAGUUGUAGCAACCCUGUGGAAGUGUUUGUGAGCUGGCACUCCCCAUACUUCCAGCCAGAAUCUCAGCAAAGUCCUAAGGGAUGAGGGGGUGCUGGAUAGGAAAAGGCCUUUGGAAAUGCAGGGAGGGCACAGUCUUGGUCCACUGCUCCUCUCUCUCUUCUCAGCCCUGUCUGCCCUCUCCUGCUGCAGCUCCCUCCUCGCUCCAACGCUGACCCUCCCUGGCGGCCUCUUGCCCCUCUUCUUCCACAUGUACCUGGUAUGGUUGGUGCCUGGGCAUUGGCUUAGCCCCCUUUCUGUAUUUGUAAUAUAUAUUGAUAUGAUUUCUUUAAACAGAACAUUUUGUUGCUUUCUUUGAAUUUUUAUUGAAAACCAUACAGCCUCACUGUUUCCCUCUAAAUCCUUUCCACACUUUAAGUGGAAGAAAAAAAUAGUCUCUAUUUAACUGAUGAAUGUGACUUUUUUCCUUCGCUUUAAUGUUCAGGAAAUUGUGACUAUCUCAUAGAUUUCUUCUAAUUUUGCAGGUCCCUAUCAUUUGUUCUGCAUGUAAUCUGUCAGUAGAUUUUCCUCCUUUUAUAUCCAUGUCAGCCUUGCUGAAGAAUCAGAACAUCAGGUCAAAACAAAAAAAUCUUAAGUGUCCUUAAAAGGCAGUGUCUUCUCUCUGUGUAGGGAAAAAGGGGGAUUUGGAUUUCUCAGUUAUUGUCAACUGUUUUAUGACUGUGGAAAUUAUACUGUUUCCACGUGUUCUUGAAAUUCAUUAACACUUGGGAGAAAUGAGUGAAGAGAACUGAGGAUUCUACUAAGUCUCUUAGAGGUCUGGAUAUGACAGCCACACAUUAACUACUAACUUGACUACUUCUAACCAUUUUAUCUUGUUCGUUUGGAGACUGCUUCACUCAUGCCAGCAUUCUUUGUGACUUGAGGCGACAUUUUCAAACCCUUCUUUCACUGCAUUUCUUCCCUUUAAUGUGCCAAGCUUGAAACAGGAUUUGAUUUCCUGAGCUACUUGUCCGCCUUCUGUGUGCCACCAAGGAAUUUGGUUCAUCAUUCAUCUCAUUCGUGUUCUUUUGAAACAAGACACUUUGGCAGUCAAGUCUAUUCAAGUGUUUGUUUAGUUUUUAUGUAUUUAAAAAUGGAUUUUGUGUUCCCUUUCCAUGUAAGUGUCAACUUACACAGGAACUCACAAUCAUAAUGUAAAGAGGAAAUAAAAGCCUGGUGUAUUGUAUUUCAAGAUGCUUCCCUGGUGUACAGAAUCUCCUUGUAAAAUAAAUCAUUACAUUGUAUAUCAGUCUUCCCAUCAAUAUUAAUUAUUAAAGUAUUUUAGAAUUUUAAAAUACCAA